GCAGUUAAAGUGGUGAAGCAAACGAAAGACGUUGAGGUGGAAAACAAGAUGGAUACAAUGUUAAACUCAUCAUUAUUAUCAGUAUGUGGAGACAUUAAGGAUGAACAAAGUAUUGGUUAAAUGAUGGCGAUUAUGCAUUUUAACGUUAGAUGCUACCCGCCUAAGAAGAAGCCACUAAGCGGAACGGAACGUAGAUCCCUAGCUGGUGUCCGGACUGUUGUUUCAGACGGAACGCAAAGCAACCGUUGACGCAGAAAAGGCGCCUGAAAGAAUUUUGUAUCGAACACAGCUGGUGGUAAAGGAAUCAGUUUGACUGCAGCUGAGUCACGGACGGUAGAUGUCCUCACUGUAAUGUUAUUGGAGUGACUGUCGAAGAUGGACGGAGGAAGUUCUGAGUUACUCGCUCCCACUCUUCCCCUCUCUUCCCUGCGCCUCCUGGUUUCCCCCAUCCGCCUGGUUUCUGCUGCAAUCUGGCACACUGUGGAGCAGAAGAUUGUGUCUGACUAUGGCCUGCUGGAGGAGUUUGUGUUCAUGGUCACAGAGAUGGUUCCUCAGCUUCUUUCUACAAGGCAGCGAGCUGAACUCAUUCUGGGCCUCAGAGCACGACUGAUCCUGGAACUGUGUCGUUCUGAUGAGACUCCCGACCUUCAGGUUAUUCAGCCACACCUCGACCGUAUGCAGAGCCUCAGGUCUCUGUGGAAAAUAGAGUCUGAUGCUGAAGCAUCAGAUUUACAUUUCAUGGGCCUCGUGCAAAAUUUGCUCAGAGAUCCAGAAGAAAGAAUGAGCUUUUUCCAGGAUGUUUUCCCUGAAGAUUUUGGGCCCACAUACGACAAAGCAAUUCAGACUCUGAUGUGGCUGUUUCUGUCCAGACUUGAAAAGCUCCUUCCUGCUCAAAGUCUCCAGCAGGUUGUUUCACUGCUGAGUGACACCACAUCUGUUCUAAAUGAAUCCAUGGAGACUUUAGUUCAACCUGAAGAUCUAAGAGUAUUGCUGGACACACAGAAAAAUCUCAACCAGCUUGAAGAUAUUGAGUCUUAUGUUGUUGACAGCGGCAUCUUAUCAGCCCUGUGUCUUCCUCCUGUGGAAAGAGUUGUGAUCGUCAAUGAGCAGUCGGAAACCGAUGCAGAGAGCAGCCUUGUGUAUACAGUUUGCUCUGAGAUGGAGGUGGAGUCUGAGAACAAAGAAGUGUACGUCGAGGUACCUGGGAGCACAGCCGAUAGUGCACAACCACCAUGGUUCGGCAUCGGUGGAGAGGUGAAGGCUGAGAUUGACAGUGUUUUGGUCUCCGAUCCCACUGAGGAGGAAAUGGUAGAUGACCAUACUGGGACUCUGAUCAUUGGGGAGGACGGCCAAGUAACGCUGCUAGAUGGUGUGGAAAAGAAGCCAAACAGACCUGGGAGGAGAAAGAAAUGCCCUGAAGACGAUGAUAAGGAUUAUAAAGUGGAAAGUAGAGCAAGGGGCCUCAAGGAAGACCUGUACUCGGACCCUUUGUGGGAAAGACCGGUGAGAAAGAACCGAGGACUUAAGAUGAAAAGGUACCUUUCACAGUGGAGAAAAUCAGGCAAGACUUUAGGCAGUAAUACCACAAACAGUGGUCCUGUUUCCCAGAGUUCAGCGAAAAACAAUGACUUGGAUGAGAGAACUUGUAAGGUGUGUGGCAAAGUGGUGAGCCAGGCCAAGUUCCUACAGAGACACAUGAAUCAGCACACAGAGGAGCUGCCCAUUGCUUGUCCUGUGUGCAAAAAGUUUUAUAAGAGUUUACGCUUCUUGCAGCAACACAAAUGUAUCACUUCAACUAAAGUAAAUCCUGAGAAAGAUAAUCAGGAACAAGAAACCACAGCAGAUAUCGGUGAACAGUCAUCCAGCGGGGUUAUUUGUGAAGCUUUUAUUGAAGACGACCCUCCAGACAGCACUGCCCCGGACCCUGAUUACAUCGCAUCAGAGAAGUCCUCUGGGGAAUUAGGAGAGAGAAGCCCAGACGGAAGUAAGAGUGGCCUGGAAGGUGCGUUCUACUGUCCUCACUGCAGGGUCGAGUUCAAGUGCAGACAAACAUUUAGGUUCCAUAUGAGGAACAUUUGCUACACUGAGCAGCAAGUGGAUCCUGAGAACCCAGAUGAUGUGAAACACUGUUUCAGAUGUGACGAAUGUGACAAGGCCUUUAAGUACAAGUCAACAUUAGAUUCCCACAAGCAGACGCACAACCCGCUGUACUGCGAGGUAUGCAUGAAACUAGUACGUGACUCAGAUGCGCUGGCCAUGCACAAAGAAUCCCACACACCAUUCCAGUGUAAUAGGUGCGAGGAGAACUUCCCUGUGUUCAAGGCCCUUCACAAGCAUUACAUUGAUGCCCAUAACCCCACUGAGCCUUUCACUUGCCUGUACUGUCAGACAACCUUUGCCAGUUUGAAGCGUUUCAUCAGACAUGAGUGGAAACACACUGGUUACCAGCCUUUCCAGUGCACUCACUGUACGAAAAGGUUCCGAUCAUAUUCUGACCUUGUGGAGCACCAGAAAAAACACACAAAGGCAUAUCCGUACCUUUGCUGGGAGUGUGGCAAGAAGUUCAGGCACGGCGUCACACUGACCAGGCACGUGGAACGUGUGCAUCACGCCGGAGAACCCGUAGACGAAAAACCUACCACGAUAUUCCCUUGUACUGAGUGUACAAAGACCUUCACUUCUAGAAGGUGCCUUCUAAAACACGAUAACUUCCACCACAAAGGGAUGCGGUUCCCAUGUGAGCACUGCGGAAAGGGAUUCUUUGGAAAGGAUGCAUUGGUGAGGCACACUUUGAUCCACACUGGCGAAAGGCCUUUCAAGUGUGAAGACUGUGAUAAGUCUUUUAGAUCUGCAGCAGAACUGAAGAUUCACAGGAGGUACCAUACUGGGGAAAGACCAUUCAAGUGCACCAUCUGUGAAAAGGGUUUUGUCCAGUCCUGUUUCCUUACUUUACACAUGCGAACGCAUACAGGAGAGAGACCGUAUGUAUGCGCAGUUUGCAGCAAGGGCUUUUCAAGUUUGCAUGGCCUAAAACGACACAGGAGACUUGUUCAUUCCUAGUUUCUAUUAAUGCGAUCCUAAUCUUAAUGAGGACUGUAACCAUCAGUUAACACGUCCCUUAGGGAGGAGGUUAGUUUAGCUUCAGCUAUGUGCCAGAAAAAUAAAGACAGACUGUUUAUGUUGUUAAAGCUCACGUUGGCAGUAUGGGUGCUGGCUAGAUGUGGAGACUUGAAACCAAGUUUUCCUCUACAUUGACAUUGUCCAUAAAAUACGUGGUUACCCCAGACUGAAAUAGUCAGAAAUGUAUAAUUGCACCGAAUUCCAAAAAAAUGUAUCCUUGUAUUUUUUACAGCCAUAUAAUUUGUAUGUAUGUGAUUUAAAAUUUAAUUGUUAGAAAUUUUGCUUUUCUUUCUUGAAUAAAAACUCCCAAGUGUU